AUGACCACCGUCCCCACCUCUACCCACCUUCCGAUGUCUCCCGAUCCCCAGAAGCAGGAGAUGUUGGACUGCAUUAUGGCGCUCCACGUCAUGGACAUGAAGCGCCUUGAUGAGGAGCGCCAUGUGCUCCUGGUCCACAUUAAGAAGCACACCAAGCACGAGAGCGCGUACUUGCUCAAGCUCGCCGCUCCCAACCGCAACUACAAGCGCCUCCGUGAGGCUCAGUCUCGCGAGUUCGCUGUUCGCGUGAACGCGGUCAUGAAGCAGCAGCCGACUCCUCAGGAGUAG